AUGGCCAAAGAUGUUUAUUUUUUUACUGAUUUUCUGCAUUCUACUCUUCUCCCUCACUCUGCUUUUCUUUUUUGUUUUCUUCCUCUUCCCGACACUUCUUUUUCUUCUUUGUCUUCUUCUUCCUCCUCCCGCUUUGAGGUUAUUAUUCUGCUCUUCUCCCUGACUUUCUUCUUUUCCUUUUUUGUUUACUUCCUCCCCUCGACCCUUCUUCUUCUUCUUCUUCUUCUUCUUCUUCUUCUUCUUCUUAGGUUGGUAUUCUACUCUUCUUCUUCACUUUCUUCUUUUCCUUUUUUGUUUUCUUCUUCGUCCCUUCUUUUUUUUUGUCCUUUUUUAUUUUCUUUCUUCCUAGAUUUCUUUUUCAUCUCUAUUCUUGUUUUUUUUUCUCCACCUUUCUCUGUUCCCUUCUUAUUUCCUUCUCAUAUCUUCUUCUCGUCUUCUUCCAUCCAUUCUGAAUCGCUCACAAAAAAAUCAGAACGUAGAAUUGAUAAAUUCUCAAUAUUUUAA